GUAUUGCUGGAAUAAUUAUCCUAAAUUUCUCUUGAAAAGCCAGUCACUAUAUAAUAUACCCAUUUCCUCAGUGCCUUCAGAGUUACACUCCUCUUCUCCAUCACCAUGUCUUCUCAAGCUCCCACUCCUUCCGAUCCAACGAAGCCAUCAAUCCCAAUAUCCUAUCCAAUCAAAACUCUCGCUGAACUCGCAUCACGAUCCUACUUCGAAUCAUUCCACUACCCUUUCAAUCAGGCGUCCGUGCCACUGCCGAGCUACGCCGCCGGGCCACUUUCGGCGCGACGGAGGCUGCUUGUGUGCCAUGACAUGAAAGGCGGGUACGUUGAUGAUCAAUGGGUGCAAGGUGGGAGCAAUCCGGAUGCGUACGCGAUCUGGCACUGGUUCUUGAUGGAUGUGUUCGUUUACUUCUCUCACGAUCUCGUCACGCUCCCUCCGCCGUGCUGGACUAACGCUGCCCACACCCAUGGUGUCAAGGUGCUGGGGACCUUCAUCACUGAAUGGGAUGGUGGCAAGGGGAUAUGGGACCUCCUUGCCUCAAAGGACUCUGCUCAUAUGUAUGCUGAGAGGUUGGCUGAAUUGGCUAAAGCUCUGGGCUUUGAUGGCUGGCUGCUAAACAUAGAAGUUAAUUUGAACUUGGAUCAAAUCAGUAACUUGAAAGAAUUUGUCAGCCAUUUAACCUCAGUUAUGCAUUCUUCUGUGCCUGGAUCUUUGGUCAUAUGGUAUGAUGCUGUAACCAUGGACGGUAGACUAAUCUGGCAAAAUCGACUUAAUGAGAAGAACAAGCCUUUUUUUGAUGCUUGUGAUGGUAUAUUUGUUAACUACAGUUGGGAGGAAAAUUAUCCAAAGCUUUCAGCUGAAGUUGCUGGGGAGAGGAGAUAUGAUGUGUACAUGGGUAUUGAUGUGUUUGGCCGAAACACAUUUGGUGGUGGAGAAUGGAAUACAAAUGUCGCUCUUGAUGUGCUCAAAGAUGAUGAUGUUUCAGCUGCAGUAUUUGCUCCUGGAUGGGUUUAUGAGACUAAGCAAAAGCCUGACUUCCAAACGGCACAAAAUCGCUGGUGGGGUCUCAUUGAGAAAUCUUGGGGUGUACUCCAAACCUAUCCAAAACAAUUACCAUUCUACUCUAAUUUUGAUCAGGGGCAUGGUCUUCAUUUUUUCAUUGAAGGAGCACAAGUAGGCAGUAGUCCUUGGAAUAACAUAUCUGAUCAAGGUUUUCAGCCUCUACUUGAUAAUUUUACGGAUCAAACACAAACAACAAUGCAAGUCUUUAUCAAUUUCAAGGACAUCGCUUACAGUGGUGGUGGCAGCAUCACAUUUACAGGAAGUCUCAACCAAAAUGCUUCUUACUCGACAAGGCUCUUCCAUGGCCAACUUCCUUGUGGAGAUCAACCACUCUACAUUUCAUAUAGUGUGAAAUCUGACGGAAAAUCUCUGCUGGGAAUUGCCUUUGGAUUCUCCUCAAACACUAAUACUAAGACAUCCAUCCUUCUUGCAAAUGACACCCAGACCUUCCCAUUGGUACAAUUAGAGAAAAACUAUGGAAGAAUCAUGUCUUCGCAAAUAAAAUCCAUUGCAGAAGUUUCAGACUCAAAAUGGGUGAUAUUGGAGUCAAGCAUUCAAAUGAAAGGUUACACAUUGACUGAUAUCCGUGUCGUCUCGUAUAUAAAGAGAGUCACUGGCACUGGAGAACAAGCAACUGAUCAACCGUACGAUGCUUCUCUCGGUCAUAUUAGUAUCCGAAAUACAUCUGGCAACAUGGAAUUCCCGUCAGCCGAUGCGUGGAUUGUUGAAGGCCAGAAUAUAUCAUGGGCUUCUCCGGGUGCUUCGGGUAUCAGAACUGUAAGUCUUAAACUCAUUUGGAAACUGAAAGCCGGGCAAACUUCAUCAUUCGUGAAAUAUAACAUUUACGUAGAGAAACAAAGCAAAGAUGCAGAUGGAGAUGCAAAUAAGGAUUAUCUCGGCAUUGCUCGAGUUAACGCGUUCUAUAUAUCAGACCUUGAAGUUGCUAAUGGUGUUACAAGCCUCAGGUUUAUUGUGCAAGUUUGUGGACUUGAUGGUAGCUCCCAGGAACUACUUCUUUCUCCAUAUUUCCUUUUGGUUGUUCAAGGUCAGUAGAACACUAUGCAAAGGAGAUUGUUGUACUAUUUGCUUUGAAAAUAAGGAUCAGAAUUAGAUCUCAAUUGUUAUGAAAAACAACUUUCAGAUCAAGGAAUAACAUGAGAAUGUUGGAAUAUUUAUC